GCUGUAAAAAGAUCGCUCAAAAAGUUGGGCUUGUAGUUCUAGAUUAAUCAUUGUGUCUUCAAUCAUAAAUGUUGUUCCAUUAAUCGUGCUGUAUAAUGUAGUUACUAAUAUUGUGUGCUUUGUAUAGAUUUAGUGGUUAAGUAAUCAUGGGAUGCGAUGGUGGUACCAUACCGAAACGUCAUGAACUGGUUCGAACAAAACAAAAAAGUGAAACGACCGAGAAACAAGUUGAACUUGAUAUGAAAUGGAAAUAUUGUGUUUUAACAAACCAACUACUGACGGAACCAAUCGUUGCUUGUGAAUUGGGAAGGCUGUACAACAAAGAUGCCGUGAUUGAAUAUUUAUUGGACAAAGAUAAGGAUAAACCAAAGAUGGAUCAUAUUAAAGGUUUAAAGGACCUUCACACAUUAGUUCUCACCAAGAAUCCAUCAUGGGACAACAAAGCUGAAAAAGGGGAUUCUUACAUCGAUACAAACGCAGCUAAAUAUAUAUGUCCAGUUGCUGGCAUUGAAAUGAAUGGGAGAUACAGUUUUAGUUACAUUGGUUCGUGCAACUGUGUGUUAAGUGAUCGGGCGCUGAAACAAGUUCGCGACAAUGUUUGUCCCGUGUGUUGUAAACAAUACACCGUUGAUGAUGUCAUAGUUAUCAAUGGAAACGAGGAACAGGUUUCCAAACUUGAGGAGAAGUUGUUGAAACGGAAAGAAAUGAAAUCGAAAAACGGGAAAACUAAAAAGAAAAAAGACAAAGUUGUCGUCGUUGAAGUAUCGGGCCCGUCAACAUCCGGUGUUACAUCGGACACGGUUCGUAAUCUUUCAUCCGCGACGACUGUACUCGGGGCAAAACACAAACUACAAGAAGAAAAAAUAUUUCAAACCAAAACUUUUAAAUCACUUUUUACGUCUCAUCCAUCGGCUAAACGGGGCAAGGAUAAAAAUGGUCAUUGGGUGACUUAUAACCCCUACCAUUACGCUGGCUAAAUACCACAUAUCACCCAACAUAAUAAUGGUUCGUGUAAACCCUCACAUGUACAGUUUGUAAUAUUUUGUUUUUACCGAUAUCGCAAAUUGUAAUAAAUGUGAAUAUUUUAUUAAAUGCACACAAUAUCAAUUGUAAAGUUUCCAUGUAUUCAAUAAAUCUUUUGUUCGGUGAGAAGCCAUCGCCGUUUAAA